AUGAAGGAUAUGGCGGUACGAAGACUUGUUCAACUAGAACGGCGGUUAAGCAAGGAUCCGGAACUACGCAGGCAAUACAAUGAAGCAAUGCAAGCUUAUUUGGAUCAAAAUCACAUGGGUAUCGUUCCGGAAGAGGAGCUGAAGCGCGAUAAACGAAUCGCUUUCUACUUACCUCACCACCCCGUCUUCAAAGAGGCAAGCGCGACUACUAAGAUUCGGCCAGUUUUUGACGGUUCAGCUAAGUCGUCAUCCAAUUACUCUCUGAACGACGCGCUGAUGAUAGGUCCGGUAAUCCAGGACCCUCUAUUUGAUCUGCUUCUACGAUUUCGCAAGCAUUUGGUUGCUCUCGUUGCUGAUAUUGAGAAGAUGUACCUACAGGUGACGGUACACCCAGAAGAUACUCCCUUACUCCGGAUUCUGUGGAGAUUCUUGCCUUCGGAACCAAUUUCAACGUACGAGAUGACUAGGGUUACCUUUGGGUUAGCCCCAUCAUCAUUCCUUGCUACGCGAUGUUUGCAGCAGCUGGCCUAUGACGAAGACUCUGAAGAAGAGGCUAUUUUGCUGCGGCAAAAAUUGAAACAACUGUUGUCAAAGGGUGGUUUCAGACUGCGAAAAUGGGUAUCAAGCUCGAAGAACGUGUUAGCAGGAUUGGCUGCUGAUGAAUUGGGAACGUCAUCUACACUUAGCUUCGACCAAGAGCAUGUUAAAACGUUGGGAGUCAACUGGCAACCAGGGCCAGAUUUGUUAAGCAUCGACGCGUCGGGUCUCACAGUAAGCGGACAGUGGACUAGGCGUAAGGUAUAUUCCGUUAUCGCGCAAUUAUUCGAUCCUACCGGCAUUACAGCGCCUGUUAUUGCAUGGGCCAAGAUUCGUAUGCAGCUACUCUGGGUGGCUACUCAAGGUUGGGAUGAUCCAUUAUCGGCGGACUUGGAGAAACAGUGGGCAGAUUUCUGUCAGCAGCUGCCAUUACUUUCCAACAUCAAGGUGGAUCGAUACGCGUUUAUCGAUAAUCCAAUGCUGAUACAGUUCCAUACAUUUUCGAAUGCAUCCGAAGCCGCCUAUGGUGCAUGUAUUUAUGCUUGCUCAAUUAGUCAGUUUGGGCGGAUCAAAGUCGAGUUGGUAGCAGCAAAAUCUCGUCCCGCAAGUCUGAAGAAGGCUACGCUUCCAAGGUUGGAGCUGUGUGGAGCUUUCGUUGCUGCAAAACUUUACCGAGCUACCGUUCAUGCACUCAAGAUGGAAGAGGUUGAGGCUUGGUUCUGGUCAGAUUCGACUGUUGUACUGUCAUGGCUGAAGCUGCCAUCAUACGUUUGGCCAACAUUUGUCGCAAACCGAGUCUCUCACAUUCAGGAGCUCACUAAGGGACAUCGGUGGAACCAUGUCAAGGGUACGGAAAAUCCAGCUGAUCUUGUAUCCCGAGGCGUCAUGCCAAGAGAUCUUCCUGAUUUACCGCAAUGGUUUCAUGGUCCCCAUUGGCUGUCACUACCCGAUCAUCAUUGGAACACUAAAGAGCAGUUGGAGUACGAGAAACCAUCGGAGGAAUUGCUGCAGAAGAGAAAAAACGUUCUUGUGGUAACGGACCACACACUAACCCAUCCAAUUUUGGAUCGCUAUUCGUCCUACUGGAAGCUUUUGCGAAUUACCACGUACUGUAUAAGAUUCAUCCGAAGGUGUCAACGCCGUAAGCCGCCCCCCAUUACCCCAUCACUCAGCGUUAAGGAUCUGCAACAAGCCAAAUAUGUUUUGGUGCGAUGCGUUCAACGAGAGUCAUUCGCCGUAGAGAUCAAGGCGCUCGUUAAUCAUCGUACCAUUCAUGCUCAUUCGUCACUGAAGCUGCUCAACCCGUUCCUGGAUCAACUGGGCAUACUUCGAGUUGGUGGCCGGCUAAGACUUGCUACAGAAUCGUACGCCGUUCGGCACCCCAUGAUUAUUCCAGGCAACCAUUCUUUCUCACGGAAAGUGGCAGUCGCAUACCACGAAAUUGCACUUCAUUCGGGCCCCCGUAUGACACUCGCGCAAAUCAGGCAAGAGUUCUGGCCUUUAAAGGGUAGAGGACUGGCAACUCAUAUUUUUUGCAAUUGUAUUCGCUGCUUUCGAAGCAACCCUGUCUCAAUUUCACAACCCCCUGGUCAGCGCCCAAAGCCUCGUACAACUCCCACUCGUGUAUUCGCUGUCACCGGAGUCGACUAUUGUGGUCCGAUCUAUCUGAAGCCCGUGCAUCGUAAAGCAGCAUCCCAAAAGGCCUACAUCGCCGUCUUCGUGUGCUUCAGCACAAAGGCUGUUCACCUAGAGCUAGCAGGGGAUCUCACUACUGCCGCCUUCUUAGGCGUCUUGCGACGCUUUAUAUCCCGUCGAGGUCUACCUGCCGAGAUACAUUCGGAUAACGGCCUCAACUUCCAAGGUGCUAGCAACCAUCUUCGAGAGCUCACUCCCGGGCAUUUUCUCACGGGUGCCUCUCUUCUGACAAUUCCUGAACCGGAUUAUGCAGGUGUCCCCACAAAUCGACUGCAGCACUACCAACAAAUGCAGCAGCAUUGA